UUCACAACUACUAACCCCACAGAUAUACGUACCCGCUCCUACAAAAAUUUUAAAUACUCUUACUAACCCAUAACCUCGACCGAGAACCAUCAAUGAGCACCCGUUUCAAUGAGAUACGCCUUAACCCGUGCGUUACAAAUAAACGCCAAGGUUCGUGAUCGUUUCAGUCCGGGAGUAUGGCGACGUGAGCGCGCACCGCGUCGGCCAUGGCGCGCCAACGAUGGACGCUAGCUCUAAUUUUAAUCUGCCUGCCUAUCCUUGCCACAGUGAUAACCGCAUUCCGUGUACGCGAUUUACCUAAAGCCGAGACUGUGAAACACGAUAUAAAAAAGCAAAAGUGUGACGAUUGUGAAGUGAAGGACGGUCAUAAGUUGCAUAGUGUUAAAAUCGAAAGUGAAAAACAUGUGUUUGAAGAUUUGAAGAAGGUGGGCCGGGAUAAGCAACAGGUACAUCUGACGGCUGAAACGAAAUCUGCUCACAAAUUUGAUUUCAAAAGCGACGAAGACGAUGACGAUGAUGAUGACGGAAAGGAUGUUUUGAAAAUUAAAACAGGGUUAAAACAGGACGCUCCCGCUAGUAAAGUAAAAUUAGAGGCGAGUAGUAAAAAGUUUUUAAGCUUAGAUACAGACGACGACGAUGAUGAAGAACAUGAUGACAACAUUAAAGGUAGUUUAUUGAAAAAGUCAAAAGUGAUCGAUGUUAGGAAAAGUGAGUUUAAGGUUAAACCGAAACUAGAUAUAAAAAGUUCAAAAGCCAAGGAUUCCUUUUCUAAGGUUGUGAAACGUGACGAGGGUGACGAUGAUGACGUUGAAGAUGAUGAUGAUGAUGAUGAUGAUAAACCGCAAAUAGUUCAAAAAUCAAAAGUAUUUGAAUUAAAAAAACCCGACUUGAAAAUCAAACAAGAUGAUAAAAAAACAGAUUUUAAAUUUUCCUCACCUAAACCAAAAGAAGUUACGGACAAAGAUGAUGAUGACGAUAAUCACAAACCGGUUAAAAAAACUGAACAAAAGCUAAAACAUGAAACUAAAAGAUCAGAUUUCAAAGCAUCUUUACUGAAAUCUAAAGAAAUAGAUGAUGAGGAUGACGAUGAUGAGGAUGACGAUGAUGACGAACCACGAAUUCCUACAAAACCAAGAGCACCAGAGGUGAAAAAAAUAGAUCAAAAGGUAAAAAAAGAUCAGAGCUCAGAAGUCACAAAACCCACUUCAAAAUCUACGGAACACAAUGAUGAUGAUGACGACGACGAUGAUGAAGAUGACGACGAUGACGACGACGACGAUGAUGAUGAUGAUGAUUUCUAUAGUGGAACUUUAUCAAGUAUUUUGGAAACAUUCAAUAUGCUAGGUUUAAAGAUUGAUCCGAGCCUUGAAGAAACGACUAAAAUUCAUGAAACUAAGAAAACAGAACAUAAAAGUAAGGACAAAAAACAUUUAAAUGAUAAAGAUGAUCCUGGUGAAAAAUCUAAACAUGACGACAAGUCUAAACCAGCUGUUGUCAAAAGAAGUGAAGUAAAACCUGAUGAGGAAAAACCUAAAGAAACGCAGUCAAAACCCUUUUUCAAAUCAAUUUUCGGAACUGACGAUGAUGACGAUGAUGAUGACGACGAUGAAGACGACGACGAUGAUGAUGAGGACGAUGAUGAUGAUGACGACAAACAGACUAUAAAAAAACUUAAAACUCCUAAAGGUAAAUCUAAAAUCGAAAAGAAAUCUCCUCUUGAACCCAAAAAAGAAACCAAAGAAAAGAUUGAACCAGUGAAGAAACCUUUCAAAGAAGAAAUCAAAGUUAAAACUGAAGAGAAAAAGAUUGAGACGAAACCUAAACCAGAGAGCAAAAAGGAGGAACCCGUUAAAAAGGAUAUUAAAGAAAGUAAUACUAAAACUAAAGAAGAUGAUCAUAAACCUGAUAAACCAGUUUCAAAAGACAAAGAUAAAACUAAAGAUUCCGAGAAACCAUCUCCUAAAAAGGAAGAGAAAAAAGAAAAAGAACCUAAACACGUAGAAGAUAAACCAAAGAAAGAAACAGUAAAAAAAGAACACGAAAAAGAGCCAGUCAAAGAAAAAUCUAAAGAAAAGGAUGACAAACUGUCAAGUCACGAAGAUCUAAAAAUAACAGAAAAUAUCGUUCCAGAGCAUAAGAAAAAAUACCCUAUCAAAGACACUUACAAUAUGCAUGACUUUAAAAAAGACAGUAAAUCGGAUUCAGAUAAAAAAGUCGAUAAAACAUCAAAAGAAAAGUUCUAUGAUAUUCCAGAAAUGUCGUCGUCGACUGAGAGUCAUUUAAAACACGUUACGGACGCUUUGCACCGGCGUAAUUUGCUCAGAAGUGAAUUUGAAGACUUUUAUGCAUUUUUUCCCACAUUUGCACCAAAUUUUUCUCGAAUUCAUAAUCCGGAAUGCAGGCGUCACGGGCAGAUUGUAUUGAGGCAAUUACGAGGCACAAAACUAUGGGCCCUGAAUAUGCUUGACGCUACGGCGAAGAUUCCCUCGGGUAUCCUGCAAGGUAAUGGAAUCCAGCUCGGUGACUUUGACCAGUGCGUGGGGAGCCGUGCGAGGGUUCAGUUGGAGAGUGGCAGCGUUGUCAAGGUCCAAGGGAAGUACUGUUUGGCUCGGCUAGACGUGAAGGCAGAACACCCAGAGCUGGAGACGCCCGUGCAUCUGGCGCAAGCCAAGAACUUGAUCAGGAGUCGGAUCGAUGAUCCAGGUCACUUUGUGCCGCGAUUUUCAACGUUGAGUUGGGGAGUCUGCGUGCCAGCCGCCUGCAACCCUGAGGAUGUGGAGGUGGUCAUCAAGGAUGCCGUCAAGCACUACCAGCACACCAGCGGAGUGGUUGUUCGCGUCAAGGUGGACGAAGAGGACUGUCAUGUUGAAGAAGGGGAUUACUGGGACGAGUGGACGGAACUGCCGACACUCUUGACAUUAUCGUUCUAUGGUGUCAUCCUUCUGCUGGUACUUGUGGCGACUGUUCAAGACUUUCUUGCAAGAAGAUCAGAGAGUCAGAGUGAAGACUCUGAUGAAAAGGCGGAGGGCAAUGAGGAAGAAACUAAAGAUGAAGAAAAGGGAGCGAGUGGUAGUAAGAAAACAGGUGGUAUACUAAACUCCUUCUCGCUUUACUACACGAUAAGCAAGCUGACGGCUCCAGGCACUGAUGAUGAGAUCUCCUGCAUCCAUGGCGUUAGAGGCAUCGCCACCAUCGCCUUACUGAUCGCCCACAAGUUCCUGCCGGUUGCUGUGAUGCCGUAUACCAAUAGAAUCAGGAUAACAGAGGUAGCAAGUUCUCCCCUAUGGUCGUGGUGUCGAGCUGGCUGGAUGUUUACCGACUGUUUCCUUCUACUAAGCGGAGCCCUGACAGCUCAUAGAGCUGCUGACAACGACAAUGGAGCUCCUAGGAGACUUUUCUCCCGAUAUCUAAGGUUAACACCAGCUCUGUUCGCCGUGGUGAUAUUUUAUGCUUACGUCUGGGACAAACUAUCCAGUGGUCCCAUGUGGGGGACGUUCAUCACAAAGAAUGCUGAAGUCUGCCAGGAAGGCUGGUGGUGGAACCUUCUGUAUGUGCAGAACUACUUCGGUUUUGAAGAUAUGUGUGCCCCUCAAACCCACCAACUGGCGCUGGACAUGCAGCUGACAAUCAUCGGUUGCAUCCUGGUAUGGCUGGUCACAGUUAAGCAAGGGCUCUACAAGAUACUCAUACCAGGACUUCAUAUCAUCGCGGCGUACUCCAGAUACACUACCGUCCGAGACCAUCGACUGACCAUGUUGGCUUACCAUGGAGUCAGCGUGAGUCAGCUGUACAGAACAGCUCGCUUGAGUUACACGUCCGUCCUGCAUCGUUCCACGCCGUACCUUGUCGGUCUAAGUUUGGGCCUGGCUCUGAAGAAACCUGUGGAACACGGCAAGUUCAUCCUCGGUGUUGGUUGGUUGUCCAGCACAGCGCUAUGGUUCCUUGUAUUGUGGGCAAUCGUCGAUUCAGGCUCCCUACAAUAUCGAUACAGUGCCUCAUUUGCUGCUCAGUACGCUGCCCUUGCACCAAUUGCUUCUGCCCUCGCUAUCGCCUGGGUGAUUUAUGCCGUCCACAGCUCUGGUGAAGGUGUCCUGUCACGUUUCUUAUGCUGCCGUCCUUUGGUGCUGAUCAGCCGUUUGUCCUACGCCCUCUACCUGACCCAGUUCAUCGUGUUUAUAACCAGCAUUGGUACCGUCAAGACUUCCAGAGAAUUUAGUCUUAUGUCCUUGAUCGAUGUCCAAGAAAUAUCUGCGAUACUUCUGUCAUCGACCAUUCUAACCCUAACAUUCGUUAUCCCAAUGCAGAAUCUCCACAAAAUUUUCACGUUCUCGUUCAAAUUUGCUAGUGCAAACGAAGCCAAAGAAUCAGAAGAUGCUGAGCAAGAGAAAGAAGAAAAACAAGAAGAGAAAGAAGAACCAGAAGUGAUUGACGUACCACCAGUGAGAAGUAGACAGCAUUUGAUAGCACACAGAGAAGUGUUAGAAGAAAUUCCUGAGACAGAGAUAGAGUAUGAAGCACAAAGGGAUAACGAAGGUUUAGGAGAAAUUUUGGAAGAAGAAGAGGAAGAAGUUGGCGAAGAAUCUGUCGGAAAUAUAGAUGAUGAUGAACUGGAAAUCAUAGAAGAAGAAGGUGGGGAAGACGAAGAAGAUGAAUCAUGGUUGGAAAGAGAACAUUAUGUAAGAAGGAGAUCUGAACCUAGAGAAGAUGACCAAGAUCUUGACGAAUGGGAAUGGACUGCGAAUGGUAAUCGUAACGGAGCUCAAUAUUAUCGAUACUCAAGGUAGCGUUGUUUAUAAUGUAAAAUUAAAUCUUUUUGAGUUUUA